AUGCCUGCGGAUUACGAAUCCACGGCACGGGCGUUGUCACUCACCGACUCGCCGCCCGAACCGCUGAUGGACUCCCAUGACGAGGAAGAGGAUGAACAACCGAUCUGGAGUCGAUCGGGGAGACGCGACUCAUCUGCACGUUGGUCGGGGGAACCGGCACUCGGAUUCCGCGACCGAAUGAUGGAGAGGGGGAAGAUGCUAUGGCGCCUAGCCACUGAACGAUACAAUGAGUUAACGCUCCUGCAGAAGAUCGGACUAUAUGUGGCUUCAUUUGCCGCUCUGGCUUUGGGGGUAGGGAUUAUGCUCUUGACGGGCAAAUUGUUCAUUUGGCUUGGCCCAGUUGCGGAGCAAUGGCAAAACUCCUGGCUGGUCGCAUUUGUGAUCUGGAUUGGCAUCUUUUUCAUCUCUUUCCCGCCAUUAGUCGGCUGGUCGACUUUGGGAACUGUGGCAGGAUUCAUCUAUGGCUGGUGGAAAGGAUGGCUCAUCUACAGCACUGCUACUGUGGUCGGAUCAACCGCCUCAUUUUACGUGUCACGCACUGUUCUCUCCAAGUUUGUAAACCGCAUGAUGGAACGGGACAAGCGCUUUGCGGCACUGGCCUUGACCCUGAAAUAUGACGGCUUGAAACUGCUGUGCAUGAUCCGUCUCUGUCCACUGCCGUAUUCAUUCUGCAACGGAGCCGUCUCGACAUUGCCGACUGUGCAGCCAUUGAUGUAUGGGUUGGCGACGGCGAUCAUUAGUCCCAAGCUCUUAGUCCCUGCAUUCAUCGGAAGCCGCUUGAGGUUGCUGUCCGAAAAGAGUGAGCAAAUGAGCGCAGGGUCCAAGGCCAUCAACAUCAUCAGCAUUAUUGUAACUAUCUGUAUUGGAGUCUUCACGGGCUACUAUAUCUACAACCGAACGUUGGCUCGUGCCAAAGAACUCGAGGCUCAGGAACGGGAGGAAAUUCGUCAAUCCCUCCAGGCGGACCAUGCGGCUCACCGGCCGCAUCGCAGAUUCUCCGACGACGACGAUGUGAACUCGGCUGCGAAGAUUCUGGCCGAAGACGAGGAGGCACGCAUCGGACUUCACGAUUCAUUGGAUGACAAUGUUGACCUGCAUUUGGACGACGACAGUGACAACAAGCCCUCAGGGUCGCGGAGUCAAAAGCAGGGCCGGAGGUCCUACCAUGACAACUUCACAGACAACGACUCGGACGACUAUUCUGAUGAGGGACAUGAGGCGUAUGGGCUUCACAGCCAUGUUCCUUCGUGA